AUGCCUUCCCAGACAAUGUUCUUCUUCCUGUUCUUCGUAUCCCCUGUUUUAGUGGCCACUCUGUUGGUCUACCACCUGGACUCGUUCGACCCGGUCCACCUCCCGGUCCACGAGUUGACCCAGCCUCCCCUCAAAGCUCCAUUAACCAACCACGCCAUCAUCAAAAGCUCCGAGCUAGUGGGUCAGGGUCAGCUCAGCGGACCCGAGGAUAUCAUCUACGACGCUGCUUCCGGCGUCUUCUACACCAGCUGCGCUGACGGGUGGAUCAUGCGAGUCACGGUGGACGAGUCGGUUGCCGAUAUGGUGGUUUCGAGCUGGGUUAACACCGGCGGCAGGCCGCUCGGACUCGCCCUCGACCGGACCAACGACGCGCUGAUUGUAGCUGACGCUUACAAGGGUUUGCUGAGAGUGAGCAGAGAUGGAGGAAUAGAAGUGCUGACGGUGGAGGCAGAAGGGGUGAAAUUCAAGCUCACGGACGAGGUAGCCAUAGCAGAAGACGGGGCAAUGUAUUUCACUGAUGCUUCUUAUGUAUACAGUAUGGCAGAAGCCAUCUUUGACAUUUUGGAAGGGAAGCAGCAUGGCAGGUUGCUGCGAUACGAUCCUGUCACUAAACAGACGGAAGUUCUGCUCCAUGAUCUCUACUUUGCUAAUGGAGUCGCGGUUUCCCCGGAUCAACAGUCCCUCGUCUUCUGCGAAACACCCAUGAAAAGGUGUAGGAAAUACUACAUAGAUGGGGAGAAGAAGGGGAAGGUGGAGAAAUUUGCUGAUAAUCUGCCUGGAGUCCCAGAUAACAUCCACUAUGAUGGUGAAGGCCACUAUUGGAUUGCGUUACCCGGGGGAAUUAAUGCGAUGUGGGAUUUUGCAUUCAAGCAACCCGUCCUCCGGAAGGCUAUGGCGAUCCUUGCAAAGCACCUAGGGCCACUGCAAAUGGAGAAGAACAGCGGGGUUUUCGUUGUCGAUUUGGAGGGAAAACCUGUUGCACAUUACAGUGAUCCUCAACUCGCCCUGCUCACCAGUGGAGUCAAGAUUGGAACUCACUUGUAUUGCGGCUCCGUUGCGUUUAACCACAUCCUUCGCCUUGAUCUGGCCAAGCAUCCAGCACAGCAGACCGGAUGA